AUGGCGGCGGCACUCCCAGCAAAGCUCAAAGCAGCCGCGCCCGAUGUCGGACGAUUCGCAACCAGAGCGGCUCAGCUCGAGAAGUUCAGGCCGGUAGUGGCAUAUUGGUGCGAAUACUACAUCCUGCAAAAGGUCCUCGAGAAACAGCUGCACACCACCGACGAAGAAUGCACCGCAUACGCUAUCCAGCUCAUGGAUAAGCUCGAACAAUACAAGUCGGAAAACAGCACCAACGAUGCAGUGGUAGACGAUGUGGCGGCCAAGGCAUAUAUCGAAAAUUUCGCGCUCGAGACGUUCAACAAGGGCGACGAGGCACAACGGACCAACAAGGUCACGAAACAGACGGCAGACACUUUUCAGGCAUCGGCUACAUUCAUGGAUCUGCUAGGGAUAUGGGGUCCUCUGGAACCUGAGUUUCAGGCCAAGAGCAAGUUUGCCAAGUUCCAUGCACUGCGUGUAGCAAAAGCCUUCAAGGCGGGAGAAGAUCCAAAUGCCUCGAAUCCAGUGAUAGAAGAGCCAGCCCAGCCCGAACAUAUGCCCAUGGACGAUGGUAUCGAACAGGAGCUGAAGAAUCUGGAGAACGACGCUCGUGUCUAUAAACAGCCGACUGUGGAGAGUGCGGCUGAGAGCAGGCAACCGUCUCGACCUCAUUCGAUCAUGCAGAACGACCUGCAGACUGGAGGCACACCCCUGCCACCCCAAGCAGAACCCGAUGUAUCGCCCAUUGAUCAAGCAGAAGACAUCAACAGUCGAGCCGGAUCGAUAGGUGGUGGCUACUUCCCAGCGGGACCGGGAGAAGUCCAGCCAACAGGUGCGCCCCUAAACGUCAACAGCGUCGCCUCGGUCGAUCAGCCACCAUCAGCGCCAUCAACAUUUGCAACUUCUGAUCUGGCUGAUUUUCACGGGCAAUCACAAGCACCACCAAGCGCACCGAGUCCCGGUAGCUUUGGCAUUGGAACACCGAAUCGACCGAGCGCCCCUACAUCAUACCAGAGGCACACUCAGCUACCAUCAGCUCCAUCGAUACACGUUCCAUCCCCAGUAGCACCUGUCCCAGCACCUCAGCAAGCUCCUCCGCUACGCGCACAGCCUGCUGUCGGUACAGGACCGCCGCCAGGAGGAUAUCGCACAGACGACGACUCAGUCAUGGCGGCGCAAAAGCAUGCCAAGUGGGCGAUAUCAGCUUUGAACUUCGAGGACGUCAACACUGCUGUCAAAGAACUCAGAAGCGCUCUGAACAGUCUUGGUGCGAGCUGA